AUGCAAAGCGGCAUGGGUUUCUGCGAGCGUACCAUUGGACCUGGGCCUGCCCGCGUCUCAAUAAUAGUCCUUCCGCACUCCCCUAGUGCAAGCAAAGCUGACGGCCAACAGAAGCUGAGGGUAAUGACGAAGCCCGGCCUCGGAAAGGCCGUGGCGGCGGUGAUGUGUGCUACACGACAGAACCCCGUUCGUCGCCAGCCUAUUCAGCCUGAUAGCGUAUCUGCCCAAUCGAUAAUGAUAGCUGGCCGUAGGAUGGGCACCCUGUUUUCCUGGCCGACAAUUUUGAAACAAAUCACCAGCGCGUCGUUUGUACUGUCUGUGAUCAUGACGACCGCCGCGUGCUCCGCAUCCGCAGUCUUAGUUGCGCCAGACAAUGCCAAAUCGCCCUCGCGCGCCGCAGUGCCACCGUCGACUACACACAGAGGAAACAACGUAAAGGCUGCAUCUGGCGACGAUCCAAGGUUUCUGGGACGCGCCGUGGCCCGGCGUCAACGCCGUCUGGCAACAAGCAGCCCUCGACCGACCCGAGAGCGGAUGGUGGCACGAUGUGGCAUGACUGUGUCGACUUCCCACCACGUCCACACCAUCCACACGUCGCAGUAGCACCAGAGUCGUGAAGCGCGUUUGCUUGUUACCUCCUGCAGUAAAAGUAGAAAGGUUAUACAAUAUUAGACGUUGCCACACUCGCAUCGUGCAGCUGGAGAAAAAGACUCGACAUGCCGGGCUGAUGCAGGAACACAGGCCAUGAUGCAAGCCGAUGAUGCCCGUUUGGUGUGAUUUGCUCGGCCAGCUGGAGGAACCUGGACCGACCUCUCAGAAGUGGG